AUUUCCUUCCACUCGCGUUACCUUACUGAAGACGGAAAUGUCGUGAUAAGUCCAUUGUUUUGCCGAAUUCGUGUCGUUAAAAAAGUAACAAAUAAAUCGACUCUCGACUCGGGUCGUCUCUCUUCAGUUUUGACGCAAUACGAUAAAGGUCGGCUCUUUUUUAAGUCAACUGAAGCUGGUAUCUAUACACGCAUUAUGCCAGGUUUAGAUUUAAAGUUUCUGGAUCGACCGAGGAGGAGAUUUUAUUGCCCUUUGUGUAAUAAGCCGAUGAGGGAACCUGUUCAGGUGUCCACCUGCGGUCACAGAUUCUGUGACACCUGUCUGCAGGAGUAUCUCAGUGAAGGAGUGUUCAAGUGCCCAGAGGACCAUCUGCCACUGGAUUAUGCCAAAAUUUUUCCAGACAUGGAGCUGGAACAGCAGAUUCUCUCUCUGCCCAUCCGCUGCAUUCACAGUGAGGAGGGCUGCCGCUGGGCCGCACAGAACAAGCUGCUCCAGGCCCAUUUGUCCGUGUGUGAGUUUAACGUGGUGCCGUGUCCGAACCGAUGCUCUUUGAAGUUGCUGAGACGAGAACUGCCCGAGCAUCUGCAGCACGAUUGCGCUAAGAGAAAACUGCACUGUGAUCACUGCACUGAAGAGUUUACCGGCGAGGCAUAUGAGAGUCAUCAGGAUGCUUGUCCAGAGGAAAGUGUAUACUGUGAGAAUAAAUGUGGUGCACGUGUGGUGCGUAGACUGUUGACCCAGCACAGCGUGUCCGAGUGCCCCAAACGCAAGCUGCCCUGCAGAUACUGCAGAAAAGAGUUUCUCUAUGACACCAUUCAGAAUCAUCAGCAACAGUGUCCACAGUUCCCUGUGCAGUGCCCCAGCAGGUGCGGCACACCUGGACUCACCCGAGAGAGCUUCAUGGCUCAUGUAAAGGAAGGGUGCAGCGGUGCUAUGGUGAUCUGUCCAUUUAAAGAGGCUGGCUGCAAACAUAAGUGCCCAAAAACCGCAGUGGCACGACACCUUGAGGAGGCCACACACACCCACUUGUCUCUUCUGUGUGGUCUGGUGAACCGUCAGAGACUGGAGCUCAGGGAACUCCGGCGUGGAGUGGAGGAACUCUCCGGGAGCCGGGAUGGAACCCUGCUAUGGAAACUCACAAACUACAGCCAACGACUGCAGGAGACCAAGAGCAAGACUGAUGGCAGUUUGGAAUUGUUUAGUCCCCCAUUCUAUUCCCAUAACUAUGGAUACCGUCUACAACUGUCCGCCUUUCUCAAUGGGAACGGUAGUGGGGAGGGCUCAUAUCUGUCCAUCUACAUUCGAGUUCUGCCGGGAGAGUAUGACGGGCUGCUGGAGUGGCCGUUCCCGUACCGCGUCGCCUUCUCGCUGCUGGAUCAGAGUGACCCGGCGCUCACCAAACCCCAGCACAUCACAGAGACCUUCAGCCCGGAUCCUAACUGGAAAAACUUCCAAAGGCCACAGCCGGGAGCUCUGGGGAGCGUUCGUGGGGGCUGUUUGGAUGAAAGCAUGUUGGGGUUCGGCUACCCGAAGUUCAUCUCCCACGAGGAGAUGAAGAAAAGAAAUUAUAUCAGAGACAACGCUAUUUUCAUUAAAGCCACCAUAGACGUGGUCCGGAAAAUAAUGAACUGAAUGGGGUUCAAGCUAUUCUGGAAUACUUUAAAAAGGUAAAAUGCAUCUUUUUGCUUUUUCUGGAAAUGAUGAUGACAAUUUCUGCAUCAUUUUGACUUUUCCAUAUCAUCAGUGAUCUGCCACAGAUGAAGGAUAGUUUGGUACUGAUAAUGUCACUUAAUGUGUAUUUGCAUUGACAUUUACAUGUAUCUUCUCUGUAAUACAUUUUUAAGUAAAGAAAGGAACUGUUUAAAAAAUUGCUGUGUGUUUUUUCAUGAAUGCAUUUUCAUGAUAAUGCUUAUAAUCUAUGUUCAAGUCUAACCAACCAUCAAACCAACUGGACAGAGGUGUUUGCUAACAUUACUGUUCAUCUCGAUGGCUGGUGCAUAAAAGACUGCUGCCGUAUAGCAGCAGGGUUGCAAAGGGUUGUGACAGAAACUGCUCAAUGCACAAUAAAGCCCAAUACAAAACUAAAAACCAUGUUUCAGAAUUGCUUUUAAUUGUAGGCCUGUUGUAGAAGCAUUAAAGUGGCAUAUGACAGGGCUAAAACGAAUAUUAGCAUUUGUUGCAAUGUGUAUACACGAUUUAAAGUUUAAAAAACGCUGUAUUUUCCACAUACCGUGCAUGUUUGUAUCUCCUCUUUGCCCCGCCUCUCUGAAACGUGCAGAUUUUUUACAAAGCUCAUGGCUCUGAAAAGCGAGGUGUGCUAUGAUUGGCCAGUUAACCAGUGCGUAGUGAUUGGUCGAAUACUGCAAGCGUGUGACGGAAAUGUAACGCCUCUUACCAUAUUUGGAACAUCAGGUUCCAAAGCAAUUGUACUGACAGGUACGCCCACCUUACUUGCGUAUACAUUUGGGCGGUCUUAGUCAAAUCAGAACAUGAACUGACGUAGAUUUGUGGGGGUGUGGUUACACGAGGUGUUUCAGGCAGGUCUGGGUGAGCAUUCGCUUUUAGAUAGAAUGCAUCUUUUGUUCCCACACUUUAAUUUGUGCAAUUUUACGUGUCUAAUA